GAGAUAGAAGCCAAAAGCAAAAGAUCAACAAAAAUUUAAAAGCAACCAUGGCACAAUCAGCAGUUAAUCGUGUUUACGAAGAUUUUGAUCCCUUUUUCGAAUGGUCUGAAGACGAAGCAAGUGUCACACUCGUUGUAAUGCUGCCAGGAUUCACAAAGGAACAAUUGAGGGUUCAAGUGACUUCAACUCCUGUCCUAAGGAUCAAUGGUGAACGACGGAUCAUUGAGAAUACAUGGCGUCGUUUUGCUAAAGAAUUUUCCAUUCCAUCACAUUGUGACAACAAUGAGGUGAGUGCAAAGUAUGAGCGUGGAAUCUUAACCAUCAAGUUUCCCAAGCUAAUCAGCCCAGUUAAACCACUACCACAAGAAGCAACAAAUACACCACAAAAAGAAACUCCAAUGCCACAACGCCCUAAUGCUGAAGCACUAGCACAUGAUCAUGUUGAUAAGCAAGGAUCACCACAGAAAGCGAAGGAACCAACUAGUGAUGAAAAAGAAAAGGGCAAAACAGAAGAGUCAUCGCAGAAAGAGAAAGAACCAAUUAGUGAUGAAAAAGAAAAGAAUAAAAAAACAGAAGUUGCUGAGGAGGUGAGGACUAAUGGGGUGUCAGCGACAACACAAUUUACAACAACUAAAGCACAAGAAAAGCCAAAAGCAAAAAUAACUCAGAGACUCAAAACAAGGGUUUUGGAUUUCACUGUUAGUUUGAGAUCCGGUGCAGAUGAGGAUGUUAAGCAAGGUUCCGGCGGUAAACUCACAAAGCUUAAGAAGCCAAAGACAUGGAUGAACAUUGUUGUGGUUAUCUUAUUGGUUAUGGUGGUUGGAUUGUAUGUCAAAAAUGCAUUAAGGCCAUCACAGGGAGGAUCAAUAUUUGAGGAAUUUUAA